GGUCACAUGACCAUUUCCCGCGAAAAUGUUCAUGUGAAGUAGUUCUAGACGAGUGCGGCUUGAAUAGAGUUGAAUUUAGUUUGAUUGGUCUUCUAUCCGGUUCAGAACAGCAACUGUUCAUUUGACAUUAUUAUGUCUCAGGCGCGGGUGACCGACUUUUUCGUUCAGAAAAAGAAAAGUGUUAGUGCGGUUGCGAAUGGAAAGGGAACUAAAACGCAAAUUGUGGGAAACGGGGUGGAGAUUGAUACGUGUAGGCACCGGACAAUAUCAACACGGUCGAAAAACAAGAACGCUACAUUUAAGACAAAUGUUACGAUACGUGCUUCAACAUCCACAGAUUAUGGAAAUAGCGUACAAGAGGAGUUUAUGAGGGUUAUUGACGAGGCGACUUCGGUCGAUAAGGUGGAGAACUUGCGCGACGGGGUGGAAAGGUUCGAAUCGGGAAAACAAACACUUCUCUCAAGCCCUCGAACUCCCAAGAGGACUUCUGGAGACGCGGAGUUCGAUCUUGGAUCCGCUUUGUUUUCAACUACUGCUGAACACAGUACUGCGAAGAAGCGUUUUCGGAUCGAGACAAAUAAAGAUGCAACGACUUCAGCUCCUCUUCAGAAAGGUCCUAUGGUAGUUAAAGGGGUAAAAAAGACGGCCAGGAAGAAGCUGAUCCUCUCCAAAGACCACGAAAGGGCAACCAACCCACUCGCUGAAGAUGUCACACAGGUGGCCAGUCCACUAGUUGGUUUUGAUAAAGAACCAAAGAAGCUGGUUAACCACAGUGCCACCAGUUCUCCAACAAACAAACCGUGUGUUUUGCCAAAAGCAGAUAAUAAGACUUUCUCCAAAGAGGAUGUCGCAGCGCUGAAGUCCCGCCUUCAGAAGAUUAAGACACAAAAACAAAAUGAGAGACUGCCCUUGGUAGCCCCAGCUUCACCUGCUACUUCCCCAGACCUGAAGGCCAAGCUAGCUCGUGUCAAGGAGCUCACUGCUAAAGCACAACAAAGGAAACAGGAAAGGUUGUCAGAGGAGGCCAGAUGUAGUGAGGAACAUCAACCACAAGCAGAAGAUGGAGAGAAACUCCCAGGAUACCAGCGGUACCAUACUCUUGCCCAGGAUGUUCCCCCUGGCCUCAGCCUCCCCUACAAGUACAAACUGCUGUCUGAGAUGUUCCGUAGCAUGGACACUAUCGUGGCAAUACUCUUCAACCGCUCUGAGACGGUUACCUUCACCAAAGUGAAGCAGGGUGUCCAGGACAUGAUGCGCAAGUGUUUUGAGGAGAUUCACGUGGGCCAAAUUAAGACCGUCUAUCCCACUGCUUACAAUUUCCGCCAGGAAAGGAACAUUCCUACUUUCAGUGCUGCGGUGAAGAAGUUUAGCCACCAGCUGACAGUGGAGCCGGUCAUUGAAGCCGAUCAGAGCAAGGCACGUCCAGUGUUGGCCGCUUCCCGCCUGCUAGAAAGGAGACGCAUCUUCCAUCAAAACCUAGUCAAGAUUGUGAAAGAGCAUCACAAGGUUUUCCUUGCCACGUUGAAUCCUCCUAUUGCAAUCCCAGAUGACAAGCUUACCCGCUGGCAUCCCCGCUUCAAUGUAGAUGAGGUGCCAAACAUCAUGUCUGCUGAGCUUCCCCAGCCACCAAAGGGAUCUGAGAAGUUAACCACUGCCCAGGAGGUUCUGGACAAAGCCCGAUCCAUGAUGACCCCUAAGAUGGAGAAAGCGCUGGCAAACAUGGCCCUAAAGACCGCUGAGACGGCCUGUUUAAAGGAGGUAGAUCCUGUUCCGCCAACUCCUGUAGCUCCUGCUGAAACUCCCACUGCCCUCAAAGGGGUGUCCCAGUCUCUGCUGGAGCGGAUCCGGGUAAAAGAGGCUCAGAAAAUCCAGGCUGCCAUGACACGGAACCCUCGGCAGGAGGAGCGCCUUGUGAUGAUGUCACGGCUGGGGGAGUUGGCUAGGAUCCUGCGCAAUGUCUUUGUGUCAGAGAAGAAACCUGCGCUCAUAAUGGAGGUGGCCUGUAACCGUAUGGUUUCUAGUUAUCGAUCUGCCCUCAGUACAGGUGAAAUGGAGAAGCACCUGCGCCUGCUGGCUGAACUGACACCUGAAUGGCUUACAAUUCACAAAAUUAGAAAGGACUUCUAUCUCAAGCUGAGCAAGACCAUGGACCUGAAUGUGGUAUUAGAGAAGCUGAAUCAGAAGAUGAAGGAGGAAGAAAGGCUUUGAAGUUAGAUUUUUUUAAUUGUGUAACUCUGAUUUCAAUAGGAAUGUUAGCCUGUGUGUAUAUAAUGCAAUUUUUGUAGCUUCAAGUUUGAUAUUGUGCAAUUCCUGACUGGUUGGUUUACAUUUUGAAGUCAGUAAAACUGCUUCUACCAGUU